AUGGCAAGUGGGGAUAGCAACUUGGAUAAAGGACAGCAUGUCAAUCCUGACCUAAGUCGGCUGGAAGCAGGACUAAACGACAGUUACAACACUUCUAACUCAUGGGCAAACAGCAAUCACAGUCUGAGCAGCACGAAUGCGGGAGAUCUUGGAGGCGAAGGUGGCAGCCAUCCAACCUCAGGACCUCCCUCAGAUAACAAUGCCGCGGACGAUGCGUAUCAAGAGCAGCGACCAAAGCCUGCUUGGUCGAAGGUCAUUAAUUGGGUAAAGCAGAAGGAGAAAGUUCGACCUUUUCGAUUGUCCAACCUCAGGCCUUCGACAUCUUUCUACAACAAAUUCGAGGAGGGUUCGGUGGCCAGUCAGGAGAAGCCGUCCGGUGCCGAUCAUGUGCCUGAACACCCACACGAAGGCAGUGAGGAUGCAGAAGCUCCAUCGCACGUCUAUACCCAGGCUGCGACGGAAACAGUACAUACCUUCUUGCGUCAGGAUUCAACAUAUCAGGGGGCGACAAAGUACGUUCAUUUCCUUUCCUCGCACCAUCUCGAAGCUAAUUGCUACAGCCUCGAUCAUGAAGAACGACAGGUUGACCAACACGUAUAUGACGUGGAUUACGUACCUACACCUGAGCAAUACAAGCCUGGUCUCUUUGGGGCCCUCCUUGCUUAUAAACUCAACCACAUGCAGCAAGGCUGGCCUAACAACCAAAAGCAACCACACAGCCGCCCAGGAGGACAGACGCAGCAUGAUCCGAAAGGUCACCAUCACUCUCAGUCACUCACAACGUCACUUCCCAGUUCUGGCACAGCGACACCCUCCAAAAGGGUCAAAUGGUACGAGAAGCCUGAACAGAGCAACCCAACUGCCACGGCCUUGAUGCAAGCAGCUCUCACAUCCACAGGGCCGAGCGUGGCAGGAAUGGGCGCCCUCCCUCGCCCUCGGACGAUGCGCCCUAAAUCCGCCGAUAUGAUCUCCACGGCCGUCGACAUCAUCACACACGGAAAACACCAUCAUAACCGGCGUAGCGGCGCGUACAGCACAAGCACGCUUGACAAUCACGUGGGCCUCAUCACUGAGGUCGCCGAUAUCAUCGCCCGGAGGGACUAUUUGAUCAAGCUGUGCGGCGCCUUUAUGGAAUACGGCGCCCCCACUCAUCGCAUGGAAGAAUACCUCAGUGCCUCGGCUCGUGCGUUGCUCAUCGACGCCGACUUUCUGCACAUCCCAGGUGCCAUGUUCUGCACUUUUGCCGACCGAACCAUCCACGCCAACAAUGUCGACAUUGUCCGAAAACGCUCCGGGCUUGAUUUUGCACGCCUGAGGGAUGUGUUCAACGUUUACAAGUGUGUCAUUCAUGACAAACUCACCGCGGAGGAAGGCAUUCGAGAGAUCGACAAUAUUCGCAGACGACCCGAUACCUACUCGGAACUAUUUCGCAUCUUGAUGUUCGGUGUGGCGUCAGUUGUGGUCGGGCCCUUUUCCUUCCAGAGUCGCCCUAUUGAUUUUGGACCUAUUUUCCUUCUCGGUUGCGCAAUUGGGUUCAUGCAGGUCAAGAUCGUCCCGCGGUCCGAACACUUCAGCAAUGUGUUCGAGGUCUUUGCGUGCGUGUUUGCCGCGUUCAUUGCCCGGGCGCUGGGGUCGAUCCAAUACUCUAAUGGGCAGUACAUCUUCUGCUUCUCGGGCAUAGCGCAGAGUAGCAUCGCCAUGAUCCUCCCAGGAUUCAUGAUGCUGAAUUCCGCCCUCGAACUGCAGAGUCGAAAUCUGAUUUCUGGUUCGGUACGUAUGGUUUACGUGAUUGUUUAUGUUCUCUUUCUCGCAUUCGGCCUACUCAUUGGCACCACCGUCUUCGGGCUGAUCAAGCGUGACGCCGUCUCCUCCACUACCUGCGACAUCCCGCCCUGGUUCGCCGCAGAUAUGAAUUGGAAGUUGAUACAUACGCGCUUUAUCUGGGCUCCACUGUUCGCUUGUUGCGUGGGACUCAUCUACCAAGCCUUGUGGCGGCAGUUGCCUGUCAUGGCUUUGAUUGCCGUCUGUGGCCAUCAAGCCAACUUCUGGAUCUCCACCCAGCUUUCCAGCAACCCGCAAGUCGCAAACGCCAUCGGCGCCUUCGCCAUCGGCUGCAUCUCCAACUUGUACUCGCGGCUUUUCCAUGGCCAAGCAGCAACCGCCAUGCUCCCGGCCAUCUACUGUCAAGUUCCCGGUGGUCUAGCCUCCUCGGGAUCACUGGUCGCGGGCGUCGUCUCUGCCAAUGAGAUUUCUGGCAACAGCACCGCGAGUGCUCAGAAUUCGAGUAAUGGAUCCGACGGGACAAUCUUCACCGUUGGGUACAGCAUGGUUCAGGUUGCCAUUGGUAUCAGCGUGGGGUUGUACCUGAGCGCGUUGGUCGUGUAUCCCUACGGCAAGAGAAAAAGUGCAUUGGGAAGCUUUUGA